AUGGUCGACGCACCACGUUUGCUGGCGUCUACGCCAGCGGGAGGCGAAGAGGAAGAGCCGCCGUUCCAGUUCGUCCGCUCCAAACGCCGCAGCACACGACCUGGGCGAAUUGCAGCAGCAGGCAAAUCAUUCUCGGACAGCAGCGGCUCCAUCACGGGUCCAGUGUCUGGGUCCGGGUUUGCGUACAGCUCUACUGCCAACGGAAGGGCCCGAUCGCGCGCUAAUGGGAAGGGAGGUGGAACGCAGCGGGCGGAGGAGGAGGAGGAGGUAGGAAGGAGGGAACUGACGGAUGCGGAGGUGGCAUCGUCCGCGAGUGCAGCAGCACCUGGAUCAGGCGCACGCUCAACGGAAGCACAGGUCUCGAGCGCAGAGGCCACCGCAGAAACAUCUGCUCAACAACACGGAGACACAGCGAGACCAAGCUCGAUGCGAGCUGCCACCAUCCCGACGCGAAUCGUGUGCCUCGGUCUGGGCUCGCCUACCACUUCGCGCAGCGCACAGAUCCAGCUGGCCCUGCUCGUGGUCAUGCGGUCCUGGUUGAAGAUGCGCAGAGCAAGCACGCCAAUGGGUGAGGCAGCGCUAAACGACUCGAACCCGAAAGGCGAUCGGAUGGAGGAAGCCAAAGUGGAAGCAGUAGAGUGUAUUGCGUACGACCCCGUCUUUAGCUCUGUCGAUCGGGCGCUGCUGCGCAAGUACGACGUAGACGCAGCUUGUGCUCCACAAGCCUCCUCCUCUGAUGUUGACGGGGCGCCUCAAUUAGGGACCGAAUCCCCUGGCGCAUCCUCCGACAACCCCAUCGACAGGUACUACACCCACCCGACGAUUCCAACAUUGCUCUACAUGCCGCACUGCGACCGCGCGCUCUACGAACACGUCCUCACCCUCUCCUCCCCCGUUUCUGGCCCCCUGAUCCUGCUAAGCAACAUGCUCUCCAACUACGCCCUCGCGUCCAACCUGGCCACCACCUCACCGACUCUACACAGUCUCAUUCCGAGACUCAAGGUCGUAGCGCUGCCGAACUACCAGGGCGACAAAAAGGCAUCGUUGCCGUUGGUGAAUGGCGAGAGCGCAGACGAGGUGCGCAUGGAGACCGCCCAGUUUGCGCGCUUGUGGGAUCGCAACGCAUUGCGGGAUCUCGGCUUCCACUGGGUGUAG